CGGUAGCAAAGGCGGACUUCUACGCAACGCCCGAAAGCCCGAGGCCUCAUCCCCGCCAUGAUCCCCACAGCCUUGCGGUGGGGCAGUUUCUUACAUUCACCGCCGACGCAUCAGAGAGGAGCGCCGCGAAUGCAUCCGACUUCUUCUUAUACAACGUUUGAACGCUCAGCUCCCACCUCAUCAUGGCCCCUCCAUUCCGAGCAGACCAAGUAGGAUCCUUCCUCAGACCGCAAGAACUCCUCGACGCAAGAUCCAACCUGGCAUCCGCAAAAAACAUCUACGCCAUAACCGACGACGAUCCCCGCAUCAAAGCAGCCGAAGAGAAAGCCAUCGCCUGGGCGGUGCAAAAGCAACGCGAGCUCUCCAUCCGCCCUUACUGCUCCGGCGAAUACAACCGCCACAUCUUCUACGGCGGCUUCUUCGAGAAGCUCGAGGGCAUGACGACCAUGCCGGAGUUGCCGAUCCUCGCGGCUUUCCGCACCGACUUCCCCACCACCACCAAGUUGGCGGAGAUGGGUGCGAAGACGCGCGCUGCGGUCGUUUGCACGGGACCUAUUCGUUGGAAGGCGAGUGCGUAUAUGGACGAGUGGAAGACGCUACGAUCGAACUUGUCCCGGGAGGAAUGGGCGCAGGCGAAGAUCACGAUCCCCUCGCCAUCGUAUCAGCACAUCCAGUUAGCACCCGGGACAGCCUUCACGAAAGACUCCGGCUACACGAAUGACAAGCAGUACUUCCAAGAUCUAGGGCACGCCUACGCCGCCGAGAUUCAAGCGCUGUACGACGAAGGCGUGCGCAACAUCCAAAUCGACGAUCCAAACCUCACCUACUUUUGCUCCUCGCAAUUCCUCACCGGGUGCGAGAAAGACGGCACAGAUGCGGAAGCGCUGCUCGAUUCCUACCUGGCAGCGCACAACGUGUUCCUCAAAACCGUGCCUCCCGACCUGCACAUCGGCGUCCACCUCUGCCGCGGCAACAUGGCCGGCUCCGUGCACUGGGUGACGGGGAGCUACGAGCACAUAGCGCAGAAACUGUUCCACCACACGCUCUACCCCACCUACUACUUGGAAUUCGACGACGCAGCUCGACAAGGCGACUUCGCUCCUCUGCGCUUCCUGCCGCGGGGAAAGAAUGUGGUGCUGGGCAUUGUGUCUACGAAGCGACCCGAGCUGGAGAAGAUGGAGGAGUUGCGCGCGGCUGUGCGGGAGGCGGCGGAAGUGAUUGCGGCGGCGCAGGGGGUGGAGCCGAGCGUGGCGGCGGGGUGUUUGGCGUUGUCGCCGCAGUGUGGGUUUUCGAGUAGUUCGCUGGCGGGCGGGAAGGGGAUGACGAUGGAGGGGAUGUGGGAGAAGCUGGUGCUCGUGCGGGAUGCCGCGCGGGGGAUUUGGGGGGAUCACGGGGCGGUGUGAGUUUAGUUAAAUUUACUAUAUGAAAAGUUGCUGUCUGCCAAGGGGGGUAUCUUUAAUACAUUUGGACGCGUGGGCAAUGAUUAGUCGUCUGGCGCGUCGGGAGGUGAAUGUGCGUCACCGUCCGGCGGGAGCCCUUCUUGCCUCCCGCGGCAUGCCUAGUUUCUCUCAUCUCGCUGCCGUAC